AUGAGAGCGAUCACAGUUGCAGUACUUCUUGGAUUGGCACUUUGUGCUACGGCUUACGUUACACCAGGCGAUAAAGUUAAAAUUGCCGACCAUGAUUUUCUAGUCAAACAAAAAGUAAUUUUUGAAAUCUUGCGUUAUGUCGAUCAAUACGAUUAUAAUUCACAAUAUUACAAAGAUGCUAUGGCUUACAAAAUAGAAGAUCAUUAUGACAAGUACACAAAUGUUGACGCUGUCAAGGAAUUCGUUAAAUAUUACAAAUAUGGAUUAAUGGAAAAAGAUGAAAUUUUCUCCAUCAUGUAUGAUGAACAUCGUGACUGGGCUGUAUCUCUAUUCCAUGUUUUCUAUUAUGCAAAAGAUUGGGAAACUUUCUACAAUACAAUGGUAUGGGCUAAAUAUCAUAUUAAUCAAGGUCUUUUCGUAUAUUCAUUAAGCGUUGCUGUUUUGCAUCGUGAUGAUAUGCAUGGUAUGGAAUUACCUGCACCUUAUGAAAUUUAUCCAUACUAUUUCUUCAAUUCUGAAGUAAUUGAGAAAGCUCGCACAUACAGAUUAAAUAAUUUCUAUGGACUUAAACAAGUUGAAAAUAAAUAUGAAGUUAUUAUUCCAAUGAAUUAUACUGGCAGAUAUAUGUACUACAGUGACGAACAAAGUGUUUCAUAUUUCACUGAAGAUAUUGGUUUAAAUACAUACUAUUAUUAUUUCCAUACCGAUUAUCCAUUCUGGAUGGAAGGUGAAGAAUUUGGUUUAAACAAAGAUCGUCGUGGUGAAUUAUACUUGUUCGAACAUCAACAAAUAUUAGCCCGUUAUUAUAUGGAACGUAUUUCAAAUCACUUAGGACGUAUCCCAGAAUUCUCAUGGUAUUUACCUGUUAAAACUGGAUAUUAUUCUAAUUUACGUUAUUAUAAUGGACUUUUCUUCCCAACUCGUGAAGAUAACUUCAACUUCUACAUGCCAUACAAUUAUUAUGAUAUCAUGAAAGUUCAAGACAUCGAACGCCGUAUUCGUGAUGCCAUCGAUUACGGUUACAUCUACCUUCCAAGUGGAGAAAAGAUUGAUCUUAGCAAACCAGAAUCCAUUGAAUAUCUUGGAAAUAUUAUGCAAGGAAAUCCAGAUUUUGAACAUUGGGAAUUCCAUCGUUAUUUGACAGUUUUCGCUAGAUUGAUUCUUGGUAGCACAUGGGAGGGUAAACAUAAUGUUAAAUAUGUACCAAGCGUAUUAGAACAAUUCGAAACAUCUAUGCGUGAUCCUCUCUUCUAUAUGUUGUACAAACGUUUAAUCAAUUACUAUUGGCAAUUCAAAGAUCAUCUUCCAUAUUAUACACGUGAAGAACUUUACUAUGAAGGUGUUAAAAUUGAAUCAGUUGAAAUCGAUAAACUUGUUACAUACUUCGACAAAUUCGAUUCAGAUAUCUCAAGCGUUGCUAAAUUUGGUUAUACUACCGGUGAAGACAUUACACAUGAUGACUUCGUAAUUUAUGCUCGCCAAUGGCGUUUGAAUCAUCUUCCAUUCACAGUUAAAAUGAACGUUGAUUCCAAAGUAAGUGGUAAAGCUGUUGUACGCAUGUAUUUAGGACCAAAAUACAAUGAAAUGGGACACACUUUUGAUAUGGAUGAAAUGCGCGAAAACUUCUGGUUUAUGGAAAGCUUUACUUAUGAUUUGGUUCCUGGAAAGAACAGUAUUGUUCGUCAUUCACAAGAUUUCACUUAUUUCGUUAAAGACCGUACCACAUCAUAUGAAUUGUAUCAAUGGGUUAUGAGAGCUUACGAUGGUAAAGAUAAAUUCCCAUUAGAUAUGACUGAAGCACACUGCGGUUUCCCACAACGUUUAAUGUUACCUAAAGGUUGGAAGAGUGGUAUGCCAGUACAGUUCUAUUUCAUCAUCUCACCAUAUCAUGCUCCAGAACAUGAACAAUACUCAACAUUCGACGAAUAUAUUACAUGUGGUGUUGGAUCAGGAUCAAGAUACCUUGAUACCCUUCCAUUAGGAUAUCCAUUCGAUCGUCCAAUUGAAGAAACCGAAUGGUAUACACCUAACAUGUACUAUUAUGAUACUUUCAUCUUCCACAAAAAAGAAGUUGACCCAGAAUAUUAUAAUUAUUACAAAAGCCUUUAAUUUAAAUUUUAAUUAACUAUCAAAUAAAAUUGGCUGUAAUGUUGCAAUUUCAAAUAAAUUGCACUGAUCAAUAAUAUCGAUCAUA